GAAACGCCACAUCGUGCUGCAACUCCACGCCUCGUUCAAGCCGCACCCGGCCUCUGUGCAUAGGCAUCAAGCGACAAGGCGGGCAUCUUCGCCCAUCUUCCCAUUACUAAACACGAUUUCAAGGUCAUAUUUGCACGACCCCCAGCUGACCGGUCAACGAAGGGUCAUGCCUGCGGUGAUUGGCCGAUUGUCCAAUGAUCACAGCGCGCGUUAGACGGCGUCCAAGGGAGGCGUCGGAACUUUCCAGACACCCUGUAGUUCUCAUGACUUGGUUUGCCGUGUUCGGUGAACUUUUUUUGCAAACCGAUACCGAUUUUUUGUCUUGUUGCUGAGCUGGACGCAUUACUGCAAUGCACAAGGUUAUUUUAAGACCAAUCAUUUUCAGAGGAAAAUCUCUGCACCCUUGAGUCCAGAUAUGAGAGGACAUUUUUCGUGCAGGAUAUUUGCACCAUAUUAUGAGUCUGCAAUGACGGGCGUGGCGCAUUACGUUCUUUCUGUCGGCGUAGUAGCUGGGCGCGGCUAACGAGGUAUAUAAGCCGUGCUCCGCGCUUUGUGCAGCACCAUUCGGCGUCAACGGUGAUCAAGGUGUGUUCGCGGGGUGCAAGAUGCGGCUGAUUAUCCCAUUGGUGACUGUGGCGCUGGCUGGCCUGGCCACGGCCAGUGGCGGCUUCGCUCUUGGCGGCUCUGCCCUGGGCGUCGGCGGCCUGUCGUACGGCGGCGCCGGUCAGAGCUAUGGCGGAAACGGUCCGCUCGGCCUCUUCUAUUCGUUCCUGGACCCGUACCUGCGCUACCAGGAGUUCACCUGGCACGAGGCCAACUACCUGUGCCACAGCCGUGGCAUGCAGCUCGUCUCACUGGACAACUACCAGAAGGAUAGCCUCGUGUCGCAGCUGAUCGGAUAUUACGGCGUCCGAUGGAUCUGGACUUCCGGACAGCGGUCUGGCUACCAGUUCUACUGGGCCAACGGCACCCCGGUCGGCCUGUACCACAACAACUGGUCGUACACCGGCAGCCAGGGCAUCCCGCAGCCGGACAACGCCGAGGGCAACGAGUACUGUCUGGCUGUGCUCAACUACUUCUACCAGGACGGCAUCGUCUGGCACGACAUCGGCUGCUCCCACCGCAAGUCCUUCGUGUGCGAGCCCUACUACGGCUAAUCGUCGACCCCGUGAUCCUGCUGAUAUCGCUGCGCUGGCACCUCAACCUGUUUGUGAACAUCUCCUUUUUGAUCUGCAAGCGAAAAGUUUGCUCAAACUUUGUGUAUCGACAGAACAAUAUAGACUGAACGUGGCCA